CUGUUAUGGUCAUCCCAGGAUCCCUACUUCUCAGGUUUUAUAGUUCCUAAAAAUAAGUAUUCCUCUUUCUCUUUGGCUUUUGCCCACUGCCCCAAUAGUGCCCAUGCUGGACUGGACACACUCCCUCCGCAAACUUAAUCUAUCUCUUCCCAGAACUAGUACUAGAUAACUGAUUAACUCCACCAUUUCCGUUAUCUUCGUUUAAUGAACAGGCAUGUCGGCCUUAUCCAGAGGCCUCAUUUCUCGUCUCCGCCAGCACCUCCUUUCCCUAUCUAGGCCAUCGUCAUCGUCACCGUCCGCGUGCGUAGCUGCCCCGACGCACCUCCCACCUCAUCUCUUUGUUAGGAGACUCUUCAGCUCCGAUGCCUUGAUGGAUGGCUCCCAGAUCCUCCAACAACAACCCAGCCGCAUCAUCCAGGCCACUCCAGCUAUCAUGACUCCCAACUCCAAGCGCACUGGGCUCGUUGCCGUCAAGUUGGGCAUGACUGCUCUUUGGGACAAGUGGGGUGCUAGGCUUCCCAUCACCGUCCUCUGGGUUGAUGACAAUAUCGUCUCUCAGGUCAAGACUGUUGAGAAAGAAGGAAUCUUUUCCCUCCAGAUUGGUUGCGGCCACAAGAAGGUGAAACAUUUGACGAAGCCUGAAGUGGGUCAUUUCAGAGCUCAAGGUGUUCCCUUGAAGAGGAAAUUGAGGGAGUUCUCUGUCACCGAAGAUGCUCUUCUUCCUGUUGGUACAUCCCUUGGUGUUCGUCAUUUUGUUCCAGGGCAAUAUGUAGAUGUUACUGGAAUCUCUAGGGGGAAAGGUUUUCAGGGUGGAAUGAAAAGAUGGGGAUUUAAAGGAAUGCCAGCAUCGCAUGGUGCAUCAUUAUCGCAUCGGAGUAUUGGUUCUACUGGUCAGAGGGAUGCUCCUGGAAAGGUUUGCAUAGCUACUUUAAAAGUUUAUUAUUUUGCCUUGUUUAUUGCAUUGAUGUGGUUGGAUGAGUGAUAUAUAUAGUUUUCACCUCAGAGAAAUUCAAUUAUAUGAUGCUGUUCUUUACAUAUUUGUUGUUUUCGCUGCACCUCUCUUUCUAUCCUGAGGAUCACUUGAUCGACUUUUCAGUGAUGCUUUUCACUGAAGCAGUUAUGUUAUUGUGAACUUGCUUCCUUGCUGAAUUCUUUCGUCAGCCAUGUGGUUGAUAUGAUUGAUUCGUUCUUGUAAUGUGAUUUUGUUCCGCAUAUUUCUUCUUUGACCGUGCACCUAUCUUUCUA